AUGGUUUAUGUUAAGGACAGCAGGUGCCACCGCCCCGGGGGCGGGCACGGCGAGUCCGAGCCGCCCGCUCCGCCCCGGCCCCGGCGCCGGCCCCGGCGCCUCCUCCGCCGGCUCCGCCCGCACGGCCAGCGGCGAAUAUCCCGCAGUCCUGCUGUCCCGUGUCCUGCUGUCCCGUGUCCCGGUGUCCCGGCACGCAGGAUUCUUCUGCUUAAUCCUCCAGAUCCUGGGCUGCAGCCAGAGGAAAUCUGGACCAUCCUAUGGAAAAGAGAGUUGGAAGUACCCAGGGAGCAGAGGCCUGAGGGCUGGGGGUUUCCCUGUGCAGUGAUGCUCGAGACCGGAGCGUUGCGGCGCGCGCUGGCCGCGGCCGUGCUCCCCUUCCUCAUCCUCUCAGGACACUGGGCUGCAGCUGAGAACAUCAACUUCCACAACAUCAGGCCUCCACUUGACCCCACUCCAUUCCCAAACAGUUUCAAGUGCUUCACCUGUGACAACGCAGUGGACAACUACAACUGCAACCGAUGGGCUGAGGACAGGUGGUGUCCUGAAAGCACGCGGUACUGCCUGACCGCGCACCUGUUCACGGCGCACGGGGAGAGCACCUCGGUCACCAAGCGAUGCGCCACGGGCGAGGAGUGUCACCUGGUGGGCUGCCACCGCCGCGGGGACAGCGGCCACACGGAGUGUGUUUCGUGCUGCGAGGGCAUGAUCUGCAACGUGGAGAUCCCCACCAACGCCACCAACGCAGUGUUCGCCGUGCUGCAGGCGCGCAGGGCGGCCGCGGGCAGCCGCGCCCUGCCCAGCCUGGGGACGCUGCUGGCACUGGUGGCACCGCUGGUGACAAUGGCACUGUCCUGACACAGCACCCCCAGACAGAGCUGCUGGGACACCCCCCGGGCCAGGAACCUGCAGGGUCUCCGAGGAGAAGCCGCUGAUUCCAUCCCAGCAGAUUUACGGAAAGGCGCGUCCUGAACUCCUUGGGCGUUUCAGUGGGAAUCCCUCCCCGUCAGUGUUGGGAAUAAACCCCACAAAAACCCCUCCAGUGCGGAGGGUCCAAGUUUUAAAUGCCCACUUUCUGAGGAAAAUGCACAUUUUUUUGGUCUUUGGGACAGGACUGUGACAAUCACAAUCAAAAGUCAAAAAAAAUCACAAUUGUGAGGCAGAUGACAGAAAAUUUGGACAGACUCUCGCAAGGAGCUUUGGGUGGAUGACAUGGAAAGGUGGGAACUGGAUUUAAACCUUUAAUGUGCGUAAACAACUCAGAGUUUCUUAUCAGGGUGUGUCUGAGCUUAUCUUGAUUUCAUAGAGAACACCUCUGGUUUCAUAGAGAACAAAUACGAGCUUGGUUUUUUUUCUGCUUGAUCAGAGCUCUCAUUUCUCCUGGCAGUAAUACAAAAUUAAAUCUUUUCUUUCUAUAAAAUGCCUCAUCCUCCUCCUGUUUUGAAGCUAUGGAAAAUGUAGAAUUCCUAUCCCAAAUUCUGUUGGAGCAGCCAGAGCAGAAUUCCUGAUCUUGCAAAGCAAAGAGAUUAUUCCUUUGCAAUUGGGUAUCCCCACAGAAUAUCACAAAAAUAUUAUUUUUUAAAUUUUAAAAUUUUUAUUUAAAGUUUUUUUAUUUUAAAAUAUUAUUUUUGUGAUAUUGGGAUAUCACCACUUCGAAAUCACAGCUACGGUCAAGCUGCUUCAUUAUCCUAAAAAUUCCAAGUGAGCACUUGGAAUAAAUAAGGAAGGAGCUCUGCUGUGUUCUCUCUUGGUUUGCACAGGUUUCUCCCAGGAAUUUUAUUGUCCUGAUGGAUGUUUUCAGGAAGGAUGGGUCACUCAAACUGACUCAAAAAAGAGAUUUGGAGCGGCUCCCUGAAAAAUUCGAGUAGCUACAAAUUUGGCUUCUUUUACAUCAAUAUUGCCUUAAUUAUUUGCUGCUUUGUGUCACUAAUUAUAUUUGGUUGUAAAAAAGAUUUUGGAAUAUUUCCAGGCUUGUUGACAUUCUGAAAUUUCCUCCAUAGUGUUCUUAGAAUGCAGAAGGGUGUCUGAAUUUAGUCUGUGGCUCCUGAAUGGGCGAUUGUGCAGCUACAAAAUAUGGAUGGAAAAGCUUUUUCCUUGCUGAAGGAAAAUGGUUCUUGAUGUCUGUGUCAAGGUUUUCUGGGGACUGGAUUCUCAUGGAUCUCUCAUUUUUCAAGAUCUGGAUUCUCUCUUUCCAUAUCUGGAUUCUGUGCCAUUCAGAAGGGCUGGAGUUCUGCUCUGGAGCUGGGCGGGGAGAGCUGGGAAUGUUCCCCUGGAGAAGGGAAGGAUCCAGGGAGAGCUUCCAGCAAUUUCCAGGGCCUGAAGGGGCUCCAGGAGAGCUGAGAGGGACUGGGGACAAGGGAUGGAGGGACAGGAGCCAGGGAAUGGCUCCCACUGGGAAAGGGGAGAUUGGAGUGGGAUAUUGAGAGAAAAUUCCUGGCUGGGAAGGUGGGGUGGGGAGGGGCUGGGAUGGAAUUCCCAGAGCAGCUGUGGCUGCCCCUGGAUCCCUGGAAGUGCUCAAUAUCAGGUUGGAUGCAGCCUCGGACAAGGCUUGAGAAGGCUGGGCAGGGCCCCAGAAUAAAGCAGGGAUUCAUUCACGGCAUCUCCUCCAUGGAUCCACCUUGGGCAGCACCAGAGCCCAGCCAGGGCUGCACCCAAGAUGAACCAAAAUGGCCCCAAAAUGCACGAGCGCUGCCGGGGUCUGUCCCUGGGAUCAGCUCUGCUCCAUUUGCCCCUUGCAGUUCAUUGUCCCAUUCCAGCUUUAGCCCCUGCAGUCCCACCCUGCUUGUUUUUCUCUCUCCAGCCCACGGGGUUUGUGCUCCUGGGCUGAGAUUUGGGUCAUUUGUCCUUGGUGCCCAGCUGGAGCAGGAAUUGUUUUGUCUCCCUGCUCUGUGCACAGAGCUCAGCAUCCCUUAAGCAUUUUCCCUUUCACACAGGGAAGGUGUCCCUUAAGGUCCUUCCCAACCCAAACCAUUCCAGAUUCCGUGAUGGUCCCAUAAUUACCUUCCUCCUUCUGCUCCAUGAGGGAUUUUUCCAGAUGAAAAGAAUUUUUUUUUUUUCUGGUGGACAAACCAUUCCAGGUUUCUCUCUGCUCCACGGGGAAUUCCUCCAAGUGGAAGUUGGCUCCCACAUUUUGGGUCAUUGCAUUUUUCCUGCACAGAUUGCUCCUAAAUUCAAUUUUUGGGAUGAACUCUUGCAAUCCCAACGAGUCCUCCCAGAGCUCUGUGGUCUUGUAGGGGUCGCUGCCAAUAAUUUACAAUAAUCUCAGUGCUGAGGGGUUUUCUAUAGUGGAAGUGCCAUCCCAGAGCUUUUGGGAAUGGCAGGGAGACCCUAAAAUUUGCUGCAACAACAAAAAAAUGACAUUUCAGGAGCUAAAAUCUUUGGGUUUUUUUGCUUGGAUGAAUGAUUUUUUUUUUCCCCUCUCUGGAAAGUGAAGAAAUUCUGAAAUGAAGAUUUUAAACCUCAUAAAAUGCCUCUGCUUUUGGGAAAAAAAUUUGGGGAUAAACCCCAGUAAAUCAGCUGAAGGUUCAAGGAUGCAGCUUGGACAUGUGAGGGGAUUUGAUCUCGGGUUUUAUGUUUUAAAAUCGGAAUUUUAGAAUUCCAAGAGCGGAGGAUAUUAAUGAUGAGUUGUAAUUGUUUGGAUGCACCAACGCUUUUGUUACUGCAAAUCUUGGGAUUAUUUGUACUCGGGAAUUGAAUGUGCAAAUGCGCUUAAUGCAAUGCAAAGAGGCACAUGGUAGAAGAAAUAUGGAAUUUAAGAGGGAAUUUCAGUUUUCCCUUUGCUUCAUCUUUUUUUUAUGGAAAACUCUGCUUGGAUUUGAUGCUAAAUGCUGAUUUUGUAGGAAAAUGUGCUGAGAAAAGAGUAUUAAAAUUCACCAUAUUUUUAGCAGGAUUAAUGACUGUACAGAAAUCCGACCCUAAUUUAUGGCAGAAUUUUUAUAUAAAUAUUUUCAGAUAUCAGAAUUUUCAGAUCUCUGUCUGAAGAACUUUAAAAAGUAUUAUUGGAUUUGAUAGAACCAGUUUUCAGUGAUGUCUUUGUCUCAGUUUGGGUUCAGAUGUUGUAAUUUAAAUUACAGAUGUUAAAAUUUAAAUAUAUUCAACUUUUCAUUUGAUAAAACCAAUUUUCAGUGAUGUCUUUAUCUCACUUUAGGUUCACAGAUGUUGUAAUUUAAAUAUGUUCCAAUUUUCUUUUGAUAAAAUCAAUUUUCAGUCAUGUCUUUGUCUCACUUUGGGUUCACAGAUGUAGUAAUUUAAAUAUAUUCAAUUUUUCAUUGCCUAAAUCCACCCCUAAACUUUGGGAAUGGUAUUUCUGUAAAUCCAUAAAUUUUUGAACCUGAAAAGAAUUCAGAAUUAAUGGCAAAUCCAUCCAUUUUUGCAGUUAAAUGGUUUUUUUUAUGAUAUAUAUAUAUAUAUGUGUGUGUGUGUAAUAUGGUUUUUAUUUACUUUGCACUGGACAGCCUAUAGAAGGUUUAUUUUUAAAACUUAAAUCCUGAUAAAUUCUUCAUUAUUCAGUGUUUGGAGUUUUCUUAUUGCUGUGUAACUGCUUUAAAUCUUCUCCAGAAAUGGCACUUUUAAUAAAAAAUAUUCAAA